AGUUAUUUUCCAAAAAAUCUCGUGAAAAGAGGUUAGUUUUUUGUUUUAAUCAUAGCCAUUUUUGCCAAGCUUUUUUUACCCUAUUUCUAUUUUUUUCUUCUUUUUUCACACCAAACAAUCCCAAACCCAGAACCACCAAAUUAAAAACUAAAUGUUAACCAUAACAAUUAAGAUACCCAAUUAAUAUUGGGUUUUUUUUCCUUCUUUUUUCUGAGUUUUUUUUUCUUUUUUUGGAUCCAAUCAGAGAGGAAAUGGGAGCUUAUAGAGCUGAUGAUGAUUAUGAUUAUUUGUUUAAGGUUGUGUUGAUCGGUGAUUCUGGUGUUGGAAAAUCCAACCUAUUGUCUAGAUUUACGAAGAACGAGUUUAGCGCUGAGUCUAAAUCCACCAUUGGUGUUGAGUUCGCAACUCGUAGCAUUCAUGUUGAUGAUAAAGUUGUUAAAGCUCAAAUUUGGGACACUGCUGGACAAGAAAGGUACCGUGCAAUUACCAGUGCAUAUUAUCGAGGUGCUGUCGGUGCUUUACUAGUCUACGAUGUCACUCGUCGUGUUACGUUCGAGAAUGUACAAAGGUGGCUUAAGGAACUCCGAGACCACACUGAUCCAAACAUUGUGAUUAUGCUAGUCGGGAACAAGGCCGACCUGCGUCACUUGCGAGCUGUUGCAGCCGAAGAUGCUAAAGCUUUUGCCGAACGAGAGAACACUUUUUUCAUGGAAACAUCUGCGCUCGAGUCCUUUAAUGUUGAGAAUGCCUUCACCGAAGUGUUGGCCCAGAUCUAUCGUGUCGUGAGCAGGAAAGCUCUUGACAUCGGAGAUGAUCCGGCAGCUUUACCUAAAGGUCGGACGAUCAAUGUCGGAUCUAAAGACGAUGUAUCGGCUGUGAAAGGAGCUGGAUGUUGCUCGGCUUAAUUAUGGAGAUGGAGUCUCAUCUUCCAAAACUUUUCUUAUCCCUUUGAAAGCACAAACAAGAGAACAUCAACAAUGUAUUUAAAUUGAAAUUAUUCUUUGGAUUAUGCUUUAAACACAAAUUCUAUAUGCUUUUUAGUUUGCAAAGCUA